AACUGUCCCUACCCACUCAGAGCAAGGGAAUGCUCAGCUGAGAGGCAGCGAGAGUGAGAAAGAAAUGACGAAGGGCUCAAUUCAGUUGGAGGCUCUUGUUGACAGUUCGUCAUUCGAGUCUGCCUCUCCCUCACUUCUAUCCAACUAGCCCUAGCAAUCUGCCCGGAAGGUAGGCUAUUUGAGCAUGUCUCGUCCCCUGCGCCUCGAUGUCGCCUUCAUUCUCAUCUACUGGCCCUUAAGUCCCCUCAAGUGUCUUUUGGUUGGCUACAUCCAAGACUGCAACAAAGAUGACUGCACUCAACUCUUCCACCGGAAUAGCAAUCUUACCCAAUGACGGGGACAGCUCUGCAGAUGACGAGUACCAGGAUGCGCUGCGUCAGCAUGGGCUCAUUCUGAAUGAAGCCGGCUUCGUUCGCUGGGAGAACAGCAACCCUAAGCAUCCAAGAAACUGGAAUCCAAAGCUCAAGACUUACGGCACCAUCGUUAUUCUCUUGCUUGAGUUCAUCACCAGCGCUGUCGGCACAGCAGGCACAGCGGCCGCGCAGAAGAUGCAGAACGACUUCUCCGUCGAUCUUGGGCUGUCUAUCUUCUGUCUCACCUCGACGUACAUGAUCGGCCAGGGGGUUGGCGGUGUAUUCUUCCCGCCGUAUUCGGAAAUCUGCGGCCGCAAGACCCUAUACAUUGGAUCGACAAUAGUGUACUGCGUCUUUUCGGUCAUCACGGCGGCCGUCCAUGCCCUUCCGGCCGUCAUCAUUGCCCGGUUUCUGUCCGGGUUAGCGUCUGCGGUCCCCACGAUCGUGGUGGCGGGGAGCAUGGAGGACAUGUACAAUAUGAAGGCGCGGGUGUGGAUGAUCUUCGUCUGGGCCGUCAUUGGGAAUGCGGCCGUCUGUGUCGGUCCUAUCUACAGUGCUUAUGUGACCCAGAACAUGGGAUGGCGCUGGGUUUUCUACCUGGCGGCUAUCGGGCUGGGCAUUCUUCUGGGAUUCUGUCUGUUCCUGCACGAGACUCGGCCCAGUCUUCUGCUUGAACGCGAGGUCGCCAUCCUGCGCAAGUCCCAGCCCGGUCGAGACAUCAAACCUCUCAACCCGGACAAGACCCUGGACUUUAAGACCAUGAUCACCGUGACCUGCAUCCGACCGCUGCGGCUCCUGCUCACCGAGCCCAUCAUCAUGACGGCGUCCUUCAUGGGUGCCGUCGUCUGCGCUCUGUUCUACCUCCAGGCCGAGUCCUUGCCCCUGGUAUACGAGGCCUACGGCUGGCGGACGGCCACAGCGUCGCUGGGCUUCGUACCCGUCCUGCUGGGCUGCGGGAUGUCCACGUUCGUACGCUUCUACGACCAGCACUACCUGGAGAAGAUCGCACGAAGCGGACGGGCCAUUGAGCCCGAGGACAAACUGACGGGGUUCGCCGUCGCGGCACCCUGUCUAGCCGGCGGUCUCUGGCUCUUCGCCUGGACCACCCCCCCACUGACACAGGUCCACUGGAUGGUGCCCAUGGUGGCGCAGUUCUUCAUCGGCUUCGCGCUCAACGAGUGCGUCUACACGCUGACGGGCUAUCUUGCCGACAGCUACACAAUCUACGCGGCGUCGGGAUUCGCCGGCCUGGUCCUCGUGCGCGCCUCGACCUGCGCCGUCGUCCUGCCCUUCACACACCCCAUGUACGUCAACCUGGGCUACAACGUGGCGACGUCGAUCCUGGCGGCCAUCGCCACGCUGUUCUGCGUGGCGCCGGUCGUCUUCAUCAAGUACGGCAAGCGGAUCCGCGAGGCGAGCAAAUUCGCCCGGCUGAGCCUGACCAUGUACCAUGACAACAAGGUGGAAGGGGACGGAAUGGAUCAGAAGGUGGACGAGAAGAUGGAUUAUGAAAAGUAGAUUCGAUCCAACCAUCUCUGUAUGUACAAACAGAUACAGACCAAUAGAGUAGAAACCCCUGGGGGGAAGGGACAAGAGCAGUCCCUCUUCCUAGGGUUUGUCGUACAG